AUGGAAUCCGCAAUGAGAUGCAACGUGAGCGAGAUGUGGAGCACCAAGAUGCCCAAAGGACUGGACUUGGAGAUCUCCCAUCAUCCACUGACCAUGAAACGUGUGGCCAACCUCAUCAUCGCCAUGGAGAGACUUAAGGACAAUGUGUCAGAGUCAGUGCUGAGCACCGAGUUCAGAGAUGAACACCUGCUUGACAUCAUGUUUGAAAGCAUUGUAGAAGAGCAAAUUGUGUUCGAGUGUGAGUCAGCUGCACCAGGUCAGUUCAGCAGGACGGGCGAACACGAGUGCAGUGUGACUGACAGCCAGAAGAGGAGCUUGGUACUGGUUCAGGACAGCAUGGAGCUCCACGCUGUGAUGCUGCAAGGAGGCAGUGACAACCGCAAAGUUCACUUGAACAUGUCAACUUACGUGCACCCUGCACCGAGCGCUGAGGCCCGACCUGUGGCUCUGGGAAUCAAGGACACAAAGUUCUACCUGUCGUGUCACAAAGUUGGUGACCAGCCAACCCUGCAUCUGGAGACGGUGGAGGACAAAAAGAGCCUGAAGAGCAUCAGCUCGGGGAGCGACAUGGAGCGGUUUCUCUUCUACAAACAGGACACUGGGGUGAAUGUCAGCACUCUCAUGUCUGCCAGUUUCCCCAACUGGUACAUAAGCACAGCUGGGCAAGACAACAAGCCCUUGGAAAUGUGCUUGCAGACCGCCAACCGCUACCGCACCUUCAACAUCCAACAAAUCUCUUUGUCUUCCUGCAGAUCUUACCAAAUUCAUAAAAAGAUGGAAUCCGCAAUGAGAUGCAACGUGAGCGAGAUGUGGAGCACCAAGAUGCCCAAGGGACUGGACUUGGAGUCAGUGUUGAGCACUGAGUUCAGAGAUGAACACCUGCUUGACAUCAUGUUUGAAAGCAUUGUAGAAGAGCAAAUUGUGUUCGAGUGUGAGUCAGCUGCACCAGGUCAGUUCAGCAGGACGGGCGAACACGAGUGCAGUGUGACUGACAGCCAGAAGAGGAGCUUGGUACUGGUUCAGGACAGCAUGGAGCUCCACGCUGUGAUGCUGCAAGGAGGCAGUGACAACCGCAAAGUUCACUUGAACAUGUCAACUUACGUGCACCCUGCACCGAGCGCUGAGGCCCGACCUGUGGCUCUGGGAAUCAAGGACACAAAGUUCUACCUGUCAUGUCGCAAAGUUGGUGACCAGCCAACCCUGCAUCUGGAGACGGUGGAGGACAAAAAAAGCCUGAAGAGCAUCAGCUCGGGGAGCGACAUGGAGCGGUUUCUCUUCUACAAACAGGACACUGGGGUGAAUGUCAGCACUCUCAUGUCUGCCAGUUUCCCCAACUGGUACAUCAGCACAGCUGGGCAAGACAACAAGCCCUUGGAAAUGUGCUUGCAGACCGCCAACUGCAACCGCACCUUCAACAUCCAACAUCAAAGUUAA